AUGUACUCGCCGCCGGCAACAUCGACGACGAUGUUUGGCCCGCCGAGUACCGGAGCCCAGUCCCCCGUAACGGGCUUCGUGCUGCAGCGUACGGUAGAGAUGCCGAUACUGCAUGCCAUCAUGAAGGAGCAAGACUCUCGGAGAAUAUUCUACUUCAUGUGUCUCAACUUUUCCUUUAUGCUUGUCCAGGCAUUCUACGGCUACGUCACCGACUCACUCGGCUUGUUGAGCGAUAGUAUACAUAUGUUCUUCGACUGCGUGGCCCUCGGGGUGGGCCUGUUUGCAGCGGUGGCCAGCAAGUGGCAGCCAAACGAACGAUUCCCGUACGGGUUCGGCAAGAUCGAAACGCUUAGCGGGUUUGCCAAUGGCAUAUUUUUGAUCCUUAUCAGCGUCGAGAUCAUGGUCGAGGCGUUUGAGCGAAUCCUCGGCGGUCGGGAAACACAAAGGCUCAUGGAGCUAUUUAUCGUCAGCACACUGGGCCUAUUGGUGAAUCUGGUCGGCAUGUCCGCAUUUGGACAUCACCACCACCACGGCGAAGGCCACGAGUGUCCGUCGCACAGCCAAACGCACGACCACAAUCACGAUCACGAUCACGAUCACGACCAUGGCCAUGGACAUGACCAUGAGCACAAUCAUGGCCACAAUCAUGGCCAUGAUCACAGCCACGGCCACGACCACGGCAACGAGAACAUGUACGGCAUCUACCUCCAUGUUCUUGCGGACACGCUCGGCAGCGGUGCGGUGAUCGUAUCGACGGCGCUGACGCACUUUUGGGGGUGGGCUGGCUGGGAUCCGCUGGCAUCGUUUCUCAUCGCAGUGCUCAUCAUGGGCUCGGCAGUGCCUCUAGUCUCAUCGUCGGCGCGGCGGCUGUUGCUGACAGUGCCGGCGGCGCUGGAGUACUCGCUGCAAGGGAUAUUGGCGGAUGUGGCUGGCCUGCCAGGGGUGUCGAGCUACGCGGCGCCACGAUUCUGGGUUGACGACCGAGCCGGAUCGCAAUCACGGCUGCUGGGCAUGAUGCACGUGGUGGCCAGCCGGGGCACCGACGUGAGCGAUGUGCGCGAUCGGGUGCGCAGCUUUUUGCUGGACAAGGGUAUCGACGUGGUGCUGCAGGUCGAGCGGGAGGACGACGGAAUGUGUUGGUGCACCUCUGGGCGCGCGCCGGGAGUGUCAGGGGUUCCGGGACACGGGGCCAAGCCGAGCCUCGCCUUUUGA